AUGUGUAGAAAUAACUUAUGGAAGAAAGAAUUGAAAUAUUCCUUAAACUAUUUCAUCUCUCUCUUUUUUUUGGGAUUAGAAAUUGAACUACAGGAUGAUUUAAAUGUUAUUCAAAUUCUUUCCAUAAUCAUCAUUGGCAUUUCAAUUGCUUUUAGAGUGCUUUAUUCGUUUUAAUAAAUCUCAUGGAAAAUAGGUAUAUAAUAAUAAUAAUUAUUAUUAUUAAGAUAUCUCUCCUAUUUUCUUUUGGUUAUUAACACUUGCAAGAAUUAAUGGUGCUAAUAAUUUAAAAUAAGAAUCAAAUACUUUUCUUUUUUAUACUUUGGGAUUUGUAAAUGGACAAUAUAAUAAUACCUUGAAUAUUAAAAACCAAAAUAAAAUUAUAGAUAAAGGCAAAAUAUUUGUUUAAAUUGUAAUUUUAAUUACUUGUUUAUUUAUUAAGAAUGAUAUUUAAAUUGGAAUUAUGUUUAUACUUAUUAUUUUAAGUAUCUUGAUAGGUUUGAAUGAAAUCUUUUAUAAAUAAAUGUUGAAUGAAAUAGAAAUUUAAGUUAAUGAAAAUAAUUAAAACAAACUCUUUAAUGAACUAUCAUUUUAAUAAAUUUAAAAAUCUUAAAUUAGACAUGAUGAAUAAAUCUUCAUCAAACAUUCAAGAGGUUGUCCUCUAGAAUCUAUAGCUGAAGAUGACGAGAUACCUGAUUCUAAAUAAAAAUAACAGAAUGCAUCAAAUUCUACAAAAUAAUCUCUCUGGGGCAAUUUUGUAUUCUAAUGCGAUGAUUACAUAAUUAAAUUUUCAUUUAAUGCUUAUUAAAAUAAUUCUCUACUAUAAAACUCUGUUAGCAAUUAUUCAUUUAGUAAAUUCCUUUAAGAUAAUAUUAUAACUUUUGUAGAUUUUUUAUCAGAAAUGAAGGUAUUCAAUGACAUUCAUUGGACAUAAUAUGAUAUUCAAAGUCAAGAAUUUAAAAAAUAAUAAAGUCUUUAUGAUUGGUUGUAAUAUCAUUUAGAAUAAUAUAAAAUUAUAGAAUAACUUCAAUCUAAAAAAUCCUUUAAACAAUAGGAUGGAACAGAUCCCUUAUAAAUAAGUAAUCUCUCUAAUCAAAAAUCCUUAUUAAUGGAUUUGAUUAUGGAAAAAUCUAUUAUGGGUUUGUCCUCUAUUCCAUAUUAAUAGAGUUCAUCAGAAACUAUGAAUCUCAAAAAUGGUAAAAUGAAUCUUUUUGGAAGAAUUAAAACUAGUAAAAGUGUGUAUGAUUUGUAAAUUAAAUUUUAUAUUUUUGAAGAAGUAUUAAAAAAAUAUUAUAAAAUAGGAUACUGAUGGUUUAGCUAUUGUAUUUUUAAUGAGGGAUAUUGAUAAACUAGUAUAAUCUAUUAAUUAAAAUGUUAAAAAUCUUGAAUUAUUGGAAGUAGCUACAAAAUUUAUAUAAAAUUAAGCUAGUAAGAUAACUGAAAUUCAUAAAUGGAUUCGUGAAAUUAAGAGUCCAUCUAGUUUAAUUGAGACUGAUUAUUUGAGUCGAAUGGGUACAUCAGUUCGUAAAAGAACUUAUUCAAUGAGUUCAAAUAGAAAUAGUGAAGAAGGUUAAUCUGAUAUUUCUGAAAAAGUUUAGUUGAGGAAAUAAAAUUAAUUAUAGUUAUUUUUAUCAAAAUUGUAAUUUGAUUUAUUUUAGGUUGAAUAGGAUAAUUUUAAUUUUUUUGAAGUGUUUUCAUAGACAGAAAAGAUUUGGUUUGAUAAGAAAAAGAUUGAUAUAUCUUAAACAAUUCAUUUAAUUUUUGAUUAAUUUCAUUAUAAUCAAAGUUUGAUAAAAUAUGGUGUUAAAUUAAUGCUGAUUGAUAAUAAUCUUCAUGAUAAAAAUAUAAUUACAGAUGCAAGGUUAUAUUUAAUUUUAUUUUAUUUAGAAGAUUUAAAUAAUUAUUGAUCAACUUAAUUAAUAACUCAAUACAAUCAUAUUAAUAUGAAUAGUAUUUACAAUAACCAAAUGAAGUUGAAAUUACUGUAUGGAAUUAUUAUGAAGAAAUACACUUCACAAUUACUGAUUAUGGUUGUGGUCUGACUUAAUUUUAACUUAAUCAAAUAAGAUUAUAAGAAUGUAAGUUAGGUUUGGCAGCAGCAUAAAGAUUAUUGUAUUAAUUAACAAGUGGAAAAAAGUAAAUAAUGAUAUAAUGUCUGAAUUAAAGGACUAUUGUAUCAUUCUAAUUACCCAGAAUUUUAGUCGAUGAUUAAAUCUUAUAGAACUCUGAGUUUGAUUAUGAAUAUAUUAAGUUUAUUAAUUCUUGA